ACAUCUAACAGACACAAAAUGGAAUGUAUAAAAACGAUUCUGGAAUACAUUUUGUUUUGAUACCGUAUGUUUUGCUCGACAGAUCCAGUUUUUUAAUUUAAACUUGUUUUCUGCUAAAUUAAAUAAAAGGAGCAUAACAUCAAUAGUGUUUAUUAGCUACCAGUAUGACGGAAGUUCAAUUACAAGAAUUUAAAUUGGACCCUGAUUCAGAACUACGAUUUGAGUUGAGGGCGAAAAAUGAAAAAGUUGUCUUGGAAGUCAAGAGUGGUUAUGCAGAGGUAUUUGGCACAGAGCUUGUUAAAGGUAAACCUUAUGAGUUCCACGGGGCGAAGGUGGCGGUGUUUACGUGGCAUGGAUGCAUUAUUGAACUCCGAGGGAGAACAGAAGUCAGCUAUGUUGCCAAAGAAACACCUAUGGUUGUAUACCUCAAUGUUCAUGCAGCACUAGAGCAACAGCGGUUAGCAGCUGAACAAGAGAAUUCUCGAGGUCCCGUCACCAUGGUUGUAGGGCCAGGGGACGUGGGCAAGUCCACCCUGACCAGGCUACUGCUCAACUAUGCAGUCAGGAUGGGCAGACGGCCCAAUUUCGUGGAUUUAGAUGUGGGACAGGGACAGAUCAGUGUUCCUGGGACUAUUGGAGCAGUAUUAGUGGAACGUCCAGCGUCAAUAGAGGAGGGGUUCAGCCAGCAAGCACCAUUAGUGUACCACUUUGGGCACGUCUCUCCUGGAGACAACCUGGAAUUGUACAACACAAUAGUGUCGAGGUUGGCAGAAGUCAUCACUGAGCGAUGUGAAAAUAAUAAAAAAGCGUCAGCAUCAGGUGUAAUAAUUAACACAUGUGGUUGGAUCAAGAAUGCAGGGUACAAAGUUCUCACACAUGCAGCUCAAGCUUUUGAGGUGGACGUGAUCCUAGUCUUGGACAAUGAGAGGCUGUACAAUGAACUGAAGAGGGAUAUGCCCAAGUUUGUGAAGGUUGUUUAUUUACCCAAAAGUGGUGGGGUUGUGGAACGAUCGUCUACUCAGAGGGCGGAGGCGCGUGACGCGAGGAUCAGGGAAUAUUUUUACGGGAAGAGGACGCCUUAUUAUCCGCACUCGUUUGACGUGAAAUUUUCAGACUUAAAAAUAUAUAAGGUGGGUGCCCCGUCGCUGCCGGACUCGUGCAUGCCGCUGGGCAUGCGGGCGGAGGACGCGCUGACCAAGCUGGUGUCGGUGUGGCCCUCGCCGGCGCUGCAUCACCGCCUGCUCGCAGUGUCGUUCGCCGCCGCGCCUGACGACCACGUGCUGCACUCAAACCUCGCCGGCUUCGUCUGUGUCACGGCUGUGGACAUGGAGCGGCAGAUGCUGACGAUCCUGUCGCCGCAGCCGCGGCCGCUGCCCAACACCGUGCUGCUGCUGUCGGAGCUGCAGUACAUGGACAACCACUAGCGCUGGCCCGCGGCCAGGCGCGGCCCCUGGUGGCUCUAGCACUGACCGACGCGAAUUAUAUUGUACAUAUAGUAUUUAUGAGUAAACUAAUUUCAUGAUAUCUUA